CAGGCAGGAGGUGAUAGCCUGCGUGUCGCACAAACUGGGACUAGCGUGCUUUCUAGUGGGCUCAAAACACCUGCAGCCUCCAGCAGGAACCCUUCCCAUCUUCCAUCAUCUACCAUCCUCUCUGACCACCACCCAACCAGAAUACAAAUAACAUCCUCCCAACACCUCCAUAUCCAAACCACUCCCAAUAUCUAUCUCCAUCCAAUACCAACACCAAAACCGACAGGAUGUCUGAAGCAACCCAGAUGAUCCGUCUCCAGUCAAAUGACAACCACACCGUCCAAGUUGGUAAGUUGCCCCGCGAUACUUGCGCGACACGAUCGCUCGCUGCCACCACCUGGAUACUAAGCUAAUGGACUUCAAUAGAGCGUGCCGUUGCCGAACGCAGUAUGUUGAUCAAGAACAUGCUCGAUGAUCUCGGAGAUGCAGCCACUGAGAACGAUAUCCCCAUCCCUAACGUAAGCCUUGAACCUUCACCUUUGCCCUUGAUAAUCUGCUAACAUGUAUCCAAAGGUCACCGAGGCAGUCCUCAAGAAGGUCAUCGAAUGGUGCGAGCACCACCGAAAUGACCCUGUUGCAUCAAACGACGAUGAUUCCGACAGCCGAAAGAAGACUACGGAUAUUGAUGAAUGGGACCAAAAGUUUAUGCAGGUUGACCAAGAGAUGUUGUUCGAGAUCAUUCUCGUAAGUAUCUCAAUCGGAUCCUCGUGAUAAAUAAUGCUAAUAUUCGAGCGACAGGCCAGCAAUUAUCUCGACAUCAAGCCCCUCUUGGAUGUUGGUUGCAAGACAGUCGCCAACAUGAUCAAGGGCAAGUCGCCAGAGGAGAUCCGAAAGACUUUCAACAUCACCAACGACUUUACUCCGGAGGAAGAGGAGCAAAUUCGACGUGAGAAUGAGUGGGCUGAGGAUCGCUGAGCGUUGAAGUGAAUUUGUUGGGUGAUGUGGUGGCUAGGGUCUCUCGGAAUGCAUUUUCAGAUCCAGUCAACUCAAUCCUCAUCCCCCACUUAUCACUUUCACUAUUCUUUGCCUUGGGGUUUCUUUUGUUUUCUUUUAUGACACAUAUGGGAGUUAUGAAAAUUGAGUCUCUGGGUAGUGGACAUACUUGUGGACUCUGGGGUAGUUGGCCUUGCUCUGGAUGGUUCUGCUUAUUUCAUUUUUACAUUUGGCAUGGCGUUUCGGAUUGCCCCUACUGGGCUCUACAGAACUUGAGGAUUUCUUCAAUGCGCGUAUCUUUAAGUUCCUGGUGUAGAUAGAGGGGAACACAAAAUAAACG